UGUGACGUCAGCGGGGAGUUAAUUUUAAAUCGUCCCAAGAUGGCGGAGGGUCCGGCGGGCGGCGCGGGGCGGGCGGGGGCCGGGGUCGCCCGCAGGCAGCGGCAGCAGCAGCAGCAGCAGCAACAGCAGCAGCAGCAGCAGCAGAGGCGCCGCCGGAGCGGGGCCGCCAGGGAGCCUCGAGGGCCGCCCCCGCGCGCCGCAGGAGAGGAGGAUGACCUGGUGAAUUCUGCCGAGGUUAUGAAGAAGCCAUAUCCAGUUCAGAUUGUCCUUGCACAUGAAGAUGACCAUGACUUUGAACUAGAUGAAAAGGCUUUGGAAGACAUUUUACUACAGGAGCACUUACGGGAUCUCAACAUUGUUGUGGUGUCUGUGGCAGGAGCAUUUCGAAAAGGGAAAUCUUUCCUACUGGAUUUCAUGCUUCGAUAUAUGUACAACCAGGACUCCUCUUGCUGGAUUGGUGGAAUUGACGAACCAUUAACCGGCUUUACGUGGCGAGGUGGCUGUGAGAGAGAAACAACCGGCAUUCAGGUCUGGAGUGAAGUGUUUGUAAUCGAAAAGCCUGAUGGAACGAAGGUUGCUGUGCUGCUAAUGGAUACCCAAGGUGCUUUUGAUAGCCAAUCAACUAUUAAAGACUGUGCAACGGUGUUUGCUUUGAGCACCAUGACAAGUUCUGUACAGGUAUACAAUUUGUCUCAGAACAUUCAAGAAGAUGAUCUGCAGCAUUUGCAGUUGUUUACAGAGUACGGAAGACUUGCAAUGGAAGAAAUCUACCAAAAGCCGUUUCAGACACUAAUGUUCUUGAUUAGAGAUUGGAGCUACCCUUAUGAACAUGCAUAUGGGCUGAACGGAGGCAAACAAUUCCUUGAAAAGAGAUUGCAGAUAAAACAGAACCAACACGAAGAGCUCCAAAACGUAAGGAAGCACAUUCACUCUUGUUUUUCUAAUCUUGACUGUUUCCUGUUGCCACAUCCUGGUCUUAAAGUUGCGACUAAUCCAAAUUUUGAUGGGAGAUUGAAUGAUAUUGAUGAAGACUUUAAAAAAGAGCUGCGAAAUCUGAUUCCAUUACUGCUUGCCCCUGAAAAGUUGGUAGAGAAAAAGAUAAGUGGAUCCAAAGUGACUUGUAGAGGCCUUGUAGAAUACUUUAAGGCUUACAUUAAAAUCUAUCAAGGAGAGGAGCUGCCACAUCCCAAGUCAAUGCUUCAGGCAACGGCUGAAGCCAACAACCUGGCCGCAGUUGCAGGAGCAAGAGACAGCUACAGCAAGGGAAUGGAACAGGUCUGUGGUGGAGAUAAGCCGUAUAUCGCACCUUCGGACUUGGAGAGGAAACACCUGCGUCUCAAGGAGGUGGCCGUCAAGCAGUUCUGUUCCGUGAAAAAAAUGGGAGGAGAUGAGUUCUGCCGCCGUUAUCAAGACCAGCUCGAAGCGGAGAUCGAAGACACCUAUGCAAAUUUCAUAAAGCACAACGACGGCAAAAACAUCUUCUACGCCGCCCGCACCCCGGCCACGCUGUUCGCCAUCAUGUUCGCAAUGUAUAUCAUCGCAGGACUGACUAGCUUCAUUGGCCUGAGCUCACUAGCUCUCUUCUGUAAUGUGGUCAUGGGGUUAGCGCUGGUUUCCUUCUGUCUUUGGGCGUAUAUAAAGUACUCUGGGGAGUUCAGAGAAAUCGGAACAAUGAUCGAUCAAAUUGCCGAAAUGCUAUGGGAACAGAGGAGUCCCAGGAAGGUGUUUUCCAAACUGUUCGAAGUUAUUAGACGCCGCGUGACCCAGCAUGCUUUCUCUUCGGCUCAGCGACAGAGACUUUCCUCCAACAAUAACAAGAAGAAAAAUUAGACAGUAUUUUUACCUUUUUUUUUUUUUCCCCUCCCUCCUGUAUCUGAAGUGUUGACACUUACAUGUAGGACAGUAAGCUGGACCGUCUGGGCCGGUCUGCGUAAACGCUGUAUACAUACCAGAAUGCUGCAUAUAGGGUAUGGAAUGCUACGUCCAUCUUGUAGGAACUUUAAAGGGGUUUGAACUCGAUGAAAUCUUACUGCAUAGAAGGAAGAUAAAGCUCAUUUUCGUUCCUUUUUCGUUCCUUUGUAAAAUAACCGCAUCAUUUGUAGCAGCUUAACUUCCCUGCCGUUAGCUCAUCUUUUUUUUUUUUCGUUUUCCAUAAAUCCACUUUUGUGUCUAUUUCCUUUGAAUUUUUAGCUGUAUAUUUCUUUAUGUGACUUUAAUUUUUUUUUUCCCCGCCUCCCUCACGUUCAUUUUAUAUUUUUGUCUUGUUUUGCACACUUCUCAUGCCACAGGUAUUGAAGCCUCUGGGGGAAUAUAUAAUGGAGGAAAACAUAAGGCAGUCUGUAACAAACUCUAUCGUAGCAGGCCUGACCGACCAGGUGUCUCAUCACGCGAGGUUAAAGACAGACUGACACUCCUCUUCGCGGCUCUGCCUUCGUGUUCACGCUCGCUGUAUACAAUGAGAACUUCAAUAAAAUAAACCAAAGUUUACAAUCAACUGUAGAUGUAGUUUAAGUGCAGCUGGCUUCACGGAGGGCCGCGGCUCGGCGUGAACAUAGCUUGUUGGGUUUUGAGCAUUCUCUUCCGCAUGUGCUUCUCAGCCAAGCUAGUGCCCUGGAGGCUGUCGGCAGAGGGGUCUUAAAUGGAGCCCCAGGUCAUCGUGCACAUCUUGUGCCGUGUCGUGUUCUCCCGUUUUUGGUUGUUUUUCAUUUUUAAUCAUUCUCUGGCCUGUCUUAGAAAUUUGUCCUCAGUGAAGGGAUAUUCCAGGGAAAUCGUAUUUCGAGAAAUCGACUCGAGAGAAUCUUUUAACAGAAUGUAAACCCAAUGUCCCUUUGCGUGUUUUUUUUUUUAAUUUCUGGUGUAUCGAUGAAUCACUGUAUCUAGAAUCGAAUCGAGGCAGCAGCCUUUAUGAGCCACUUCAUCACCAGUUACAAGUAUAUAUUGCUUUCCUGCCUUUGACACCAGUGUUACACGAAUGCAUGUAUCAGAUCCUUACAGAAAUGACAUUAGACUUUAUUGUAGCUAGGGAAGUGAUUCUAAAGCGCACAUUUGUCUUGCCUUUUUAAAUUCACCAACCUGCCCUAAAAGGAGGUGCAUAUCUGGGAACCUGAACUGUCUUUUCUGCAGUUUAGCCUUCAUGUACAUAAAAAAUAUGCCAUUAAUUUUAUCGGGGGAGAAAGAUUUCCAUCCAGAAAUGUUGCCUACAGCUAUGAGUUAGGAUCGUCUGUACAGUGUGUAGCUUUUAUUUUCUACAAUCACAGAUAGGGCAUGUAUAUGAAAUAUAAAUAUAUAAAUACAAUUUUGUAUCAAAAGUUUUGUAGUUUAUGGCAAAAUCUGGUUCUGUGGUAGGCUAAGUACAGUCCCUGUAAAGGACCGUCUGUGGCUCCUCUAAGUGUGUGAAUGCAUUAAACGAUUUGAAGUUUUUGAUAUAUUUGUGAUAUCUACCUGCCUUGAGCCCUGCGAUCUCACCCCUCCUCCCCCUCGGGAAAUCAGCGGGAAUGUUUGUCGUGAAACUUUGCCCUCCGUUGGCAUUUUAAAGUUCUUUCCUGUAAUUUAUUUUCAGUUCCUUAUUAAAAUGGGUUGUGUAUCUAUGAAACCAAACUCGUGAUUCUUUUUCAAGGAACUCAUCAAGUAUGUAUUCCCCUACAUAAACGGUGUUUCUCCUGAAAGGACUGUGAACAGGAAUCACCUCUCUGAGGGACAGCAUAGAGGUGCUGUACUCUGGAAAGAAGCCAAGUCGGGGAAAGAAUAGUCCAACUAUUCUUCCCUGUGUGUCCGUCUGUUCUCAGAACUCCGUCUUGAUGGUUUAACUGUCUUUGGGAGUUGUGUUUUCCUGUCUGGGGUUUGUUUCUGGUGGUAUGCCUUAAGGCUGGCGUUGUGUGAUGAUUCUUGUGAGCAUCCUGCUUAGUGUUUAAAUGAAGAGAAUGUGGGGAUUGUGGCAUCUGUGACGUUUCCAAACCUGCCUUGAUCUGUACACCCUCCCCACCGCCCCCUCACCAAAAUUUGGUUAUGGUUUGUAUUAAUUUCCUAUAUAUUAAAUUAAUAGCAGCCAACUCCCCCUUCCCAGAAACAGACUUUACCUUGAUGAUUUUUUUUCUUUUAUCACUUUGUCUGUGAUAUGGAUUGUUCAUGAAUGAUGGAGAAAAAUAAAAAUUUGCUGUAUAAAGCAAAGCUUUCAAAAUCAA